CCCUCCAUCGGUCUGCCUUUCCCAGCAGAGCACCUGGGUUUCUCCUGAAGCCUCCAGUCACCUGCCCACCUGCCAGGGCCUCUCUGGGGCAGCCAUGAAGUCUCUUGUCCUGGUCCUUUGCCUUGCUCAGCUCUGGGGCUGCCACUCUGCCCCACACGGCCCAGGUCUGGGUUAUAGAGAACUAAACUGUGAUGACCCAGAAACAGAACAAGCAGCCCUGGCGGCUGUGGACUACCUCAAUAGCAAUCUUCUUCAGGGCUACAAGCACACCUUGAACCAGAUUGACAAAGUGAAGGUGUGGCCUCGGCGGCCCACGGGGGAGGUGUUUGAGAUGGAAAUAGACACGCUGGAAACCACCUGCUACGCACUGGACCCCACCCCUGCGGCAAACUGCUCUGUGAGGAAGCUGGAGCAGCACGCUGUGGAAGGAGACUGUGAUUUCCAUGUGCUGAAACAGGACGGCCAGUUUUCCGUGUUGUCUGCAAAAUGUGAUUCCAGUCCAGAUUCAGCCGAGGAUGUGCGAAAGGUGUGCCCAGACUGCCCUCUGCUGGCCCCACUUAACGACACCAGGGUGGUGCAUGCUGUAGAGGCAGCACUGGCCGCCUUCAACAAUCGUAAUAAUGGCUCCUAUUAUCAGCUUGUGGAAGUUUCCCGGGCUCAACUUGUGCCUCUUCCAGUUUCAACCUAUGUGGAAUUUGCAGUGGCUGCCACUGACUGUGUAGCUAAAGAGGUCAUAGACCCAGCCAACUGUAACCUGCUGGCAGAAAAGCAAUAUGGCUUCUGUAAGUCAACACUGACUCAGAAGGUUGGUGGGGAAGACGUUGCAGUGACCUGCACAGUGUUCCCAACACAGCCUGUGUUACCAGAUGGCACCAACGGACCUAGCCCUAUGGUGGCCUCAGCUGCGCCUGCAUCUCCUCCAGCAGCUGCGGUAAUGGUGGGACCCCUGGUGGUGGCAGCUCCCCCGCCAGUGCACCGGGCUCACUACGACCUGCGCCACGCCUUCACAGGUGUGGCCUCAGUGGAGUCAGCCUCAGGAGAAGCGUUCCACGUGGGGAAAGCACCCAUGGUGGCACAGCCUGGUGUUGCUGUUGCUGCUGGUCCAGUGGUCCGCCCUUGCCCCGGGAGAAUCAGACACUUUAAGAUCUAGAUGUACGUCAGAAAUGAGAAGGUUUGGCACAGAGAACAUAGCCACCAUUUUGUCCAAGUCUGGGUAGGGGUGGGGGCAUUGUCUGCUAUCAAAGCAAGUGCUACAUGUGACCUAGAUUAAUAUCAAGUCUUGAAUCCCAACUUUGCUUCCUUAUUCAGAGGACAGAAGCAGAGGGGGUGAUGGUUAUGUUUGAUGGAAGGUGUAAGGCCGGCAAACUCAUUGUUUUGAUGCUAAGCUACCACCAUUGUGUUCUCUGCCUUCUUUGACUGCACAAAAACAAUUGGAACUGUGACUUUGAGAGGUGCUCUUGUCAAGCUUAUAUCUGCUUGUUAAUAAAAGUGUCUGAAGGACUUUCCUUAGUAAAGAAGGUUCUAAGCUGAAA